CAGUUCAGCGUCGUUACGGCUGUUGAAUAACGGCUCAUCUGUCAACAGGGCAAGAACAGCAAUUCAGCACUGUAGCGGUGGUGAACAGAUCGGUUGUGACUCGCUGGCUGUUUGCAGAUGUGAGAUGAACUGGGUCAGACGAUGUGUGGACCGGUCCUCCUCCUCUGUCUGCUGCUGUGGAUCCUACUAGCAACACGAGGUGUAGCAGCCGUGGUCCAAACUCAGCAGACUGUGUCAGCCGCACUGGGAAAAGAUGCCACUUUCAUCUGUCAGCUCCUGGAAACUAAAGUUGUCUCGCAGGUCACCUGGCAGAAGGUCUCAGAGAACACAGAGAGGAAUAUCGGCGCUUACUCCGAGAACUUUGGUCCAUCGGUGUAUCCAGAAUAUAAAGAUAAAGUUCAGUUUACAGAAGCUGGACUGCAGAAGAACUCCAUAGUUAUCAGGAACGUCACAGAGCAGGAUGCAGGAUGUUAUCGCUGCCUGUUCGCCACCUUCCCUGAUGGAAAUUUGAUAGGGAGAACCUGCCUGAAGGUUUAUGGGUCGUCUGAAUAUUCUGCGUCGUAUGACAGAGGCGUCAGUAAGUUCACAGUCAGAUUCUCAAAUGAGUUUUGUUUUUUCUUUUUUUUUUUUCCUUUUGCUGAACCACACGUCUUCUUCCUACAGCAUGGCUUUCUACUGCUGCAGCAGUGGCAGCCUGGCAUUUUUUACUGUCCUGCUUGUACUAGGAAUAAGAAAAAAUACUUUCAAAGGACGCCACAGAAAAUGCAAGCAUGUAAUUCAUUCCUCAGUAUCACAGAUAGAUUGAUCAUCUUUUACCAGGAAUUACUAUGCUGGACAUCAAGGAGGACCUGACCAAAGCAGCUGAAGAAGAACUGUACUUCCACCAUUAGUGGAACCAGCCAGACUUUCCUUCUUGAGCAAACAGCAGCUCUUUCCAAAUGUCACUGUAAUGCAGGAAUUCCUGACACACGCAGAGUUCAAGGAGAGACUGAUUGUUGUUGAAUCUUUUGCACAACUGUGCAUCACUAGCAACUCUGUAUUUAAUCUGUUGCUUUCAGUGACCUUUGUGUCUUUGCCUGGGUGUUACUUCAGGAUUUGUAAGAACGGAUGUCUUCUUAAAAAGAUCCACUGAAUCUGUAAAAAAAUGA